AUGCGGACGACGAGGUUGUUAAUGAUGCGUCUCCCAAAGGCACGUCGUCCACGCGAGAGACCCUGGGAAAUCUUCAAUACACGUGACUUUGGAUUUAGUGAAGGAUCGCAAAACUACAGUAUGUGGUUUAUGACAGCUUCCACCUUUGCUGGUUUGUUGCUAUUUGAGGGAUACCAACAAAUGCAACGCAUCUUCGCGCGCGGUGACACGUGUCCUGCGUGUGAAGCUGCGAGGGAGCACUACCGACAGCGCGUAGCGAUCAAGGAGUACGAAAUGCAGGAGAGGUUUAAUAGUGGCGGUCGUGUAUGA